AUUAAAUGUUUAAUCCCAAAUUAAUCAAAAAGAAAACCCCUGCAAAUUAAUUAGCUCGAACUCCUCAAACCUGAUUUUCUCUCUCCUCUUUAGCAGCAACAAUCAGAGUUAGAUUGUAUCGAAAGCAUAGAACAAGAGUGUGUUUGAGAUGGCUCAGGCGGUGGAAGAAUGGUAUAAGCAGAUGCCAAUCAUCACUCGAUCUUAUCUUACUGCUGCAAUUGUCACCACAAUCGGGUGUUCCCUUGAUAUUAUUUCCCCUUACAACCUAUACUUGAAUCCCCGGCUAGUAAUGAAACAGUAUCAGUUUUGGCGACUAGUCACUAAUUUCUUGUACUUCCGAAAAAUGGAUUUGGACUUUCUCUUCCACAUGUUCUUUCUCGCCCGGUACUGCAAACUUCUUGAGGAGAACUCAUUCCGGGGAAGGACAGCAGAUUUCUUUUACAUGCUCUUGUUCGGGGCUACUGUUCUGACUGGAAUUGUUCUUGUUGGAGGAAUGAUACCAUAUGUGUCUGAGUCGUUUGCAAAAAUCAUAUUCCUGAGCAAUUCUUUGACAUUCAUGAUGGUGUACGUGUGGAGCAAGCAAAAUCCUUUUAUCCACAUGAGCUUCUUGGGUCUGUUCACAUUUACCGCAGCUUAUCUUCCAUGGGUCCUUUUGGGAUUCUCUAUCCUGGUUGGUGCAAGCCCCUGGGUCGACCUUCUGGGAAUGAUUGCUGGACAUGCAUAUUAUUUCCUUGAAGAUGUAUAUCCAAGAAUGACAGGUCGUCGCCCUCUUAAAACUCCCUCCUUCAUUAAGGCAUUAUUCGCCGAUGAGCCUGUUGUGCUAGCACAUGCUGGAAAUGUUCGCUUUGCCGCCCCUCCAGCAGACGAGCUUCAUCAAGAUUAAACCAAGACUAAACAAACAGCCUUGCGUUUGCUUGUAAUUAUUUUUAUGUGCGGGCUGAACGAGGUGGUUGCCGUUCCAAACAUUUCAUUUAACUGAUGACUAACUAUAGGCUAAUGUUAAUUUUAUUGUGACUGUGAUUUACUUUGUUGGGAAUUUAGUUGUAAUGUAAACUUCCCAGUUUGACCAAUUUGGCUAGCUUUUUUUGAGCAGUCAAUAUUUAGUCACUGGGAUAUUUCCACAGUAUAGGCCAAUUUUCUGUGAAUUACUUUUUAAUUUUUCGACACUUCUUUUGUGAUUAUAUGAGUUAUGAGCUUAUUAUGUA